GCUUGGGUAGAUGCUUCUCAGGCCCGAGCUUUGUCCCUCCUGUCACCUGUGCUGGUCCAGUGUGGAGAGGCCCAGGUGAUGGUGACUGUGAAGAGAGACCUGUUUGGCACCGGCAGACUCGUCCAGGUAGAGGGCCUGAGUUUGGGUCCAUCUGGCUGCCAACCCACAACCUACAAUGCUGCCGAGAACACGGUGAUCUUCAAUGUCGGUCUUCAUGAGUGCGGGAGUGUCUUGCAGAUGACUGCUGAGUUUCUGGUCUACAGCAUCAGUCUCCAUUAUAAGCCCACCCCUUCUUCCCACAGUGUCAUUGUAAGAACCAGCCCAGUCGACGUCCCCAUUGAGUGUCACUACCCAAGGAGAAACAAUGUAAGCAGUAAUGCAAUCAAGCCAACAUGGAUUCCGUUCACAUCAACGAUUUCUGCAGAAGAAAAACUACGUUUCUCCUUGCGUUUGAUGAAUGAUGGCUGGAGCGCAGAGAGAGCCUCCAACGGCUACCAGUUGGGAGAAAUCAUGUAUAUUCAGGCUGAAGUAAUCGCAGAAAACCACACGCCUCUCCGGCUCUUUGUUGAUAGCUGUGUGGCCACGUUGAGCCCAGAGGCAGACUCCAGUCCCCGCUAUCCCAUCAUCGAUUUCAAGGGCUGCCUGGUAGAUGGAAAAUCUGAUUCCAGCUCAACCUUCUUAUCACCAAGGCUCAGAGAUGACUUUCUUCAAUUCACAGUAGACGUCUUCCGGUUUAGCGAAGACCCCCGAGAUCUGAUCUACAUCACCUGUCAUUUGAAAGUCUCUGCGGCUACUCAAGCCCCCGAUCCUGAGAACAAAGCUUGCUCCUUCCAUCAGGCUAGUAACAGCUGGGUUCCAGUUGAAGGAACCGCAGUUAUUUGCUCUUGUUGUGAAACCCAGAAUUGUAUAAAUCAAAGGAGGCAGAUGCUGACGUGA